CUCGGCUCCGUCGCUCCCGCGGCGCGAGGCGCUCUCGCUCUCCUCCUCCUCCUCCUCCUCCGUCGCCCCUCCCCCCGCGCAGCCGCCGCCGCCACUGCCGCGAGACCCCCGCACGCCGCUCUUCCCCCACCCCCUCCAGCCCCGCGCGCCCUCCGGCCCCUACGGCCCCCGAAGAGAACGAGAGGGCGAGCGAGCGCGGCGUUCCCGGGCCGGCCCGGCCCCCUCCCUUCACCAUCGCCGGCCCUCCGCCGCCUUCCUCCGCUUCCACCUCCUCUCCCCCCCCCCCAAAGUUGGGGCCCCCCCCCGGGGGGGGGAGGACCGGGACCGGGACCCGGAGCGAAUUCCCCUAACUCCCUCGACCUCUCCUCUCGCCUGGCCCGAGUGUGAGGAGAAGGGCCCGGCCCGGCCCGCGUCGUGUGUGAGGAGGACCCCGGGCGGGCCCACGGGCCGUGUGGGGCCUGGUCCGGCCCGCCGGGUGUGUGAAGACCGGGGCCCCGUGCGGCCCGGCCCGAGGGCGAGCGGAGGGGAGGGGCCUGGUCCGGCCCGGCCGGUGCGUGAGGACUGGGGCCCGGGCCCGGCGCCGCCGCCGCCGCCGCGAUGGCCCAGCAGCAGAUGACCAGCUCGCAGAAGGCCCUGAUGCUCGAGCUGAAAUCCCUGCAGGAGGAACCGGUGGAGGGCUUCCGGAUCACCCUGGUGGACGAGUCCGACCUCUACAACUGGGAGGUGGCCAUCUUCGGGCCCCCCAACACCCUCUACGAAGGCGGCUACUUCAAGGCGCAUAUUAAAUUUCCUAUUGACUACCCCUAUUCACCACCUACCUUCAGAUUCUUGACCAAAAUGUGGCACCCCAACAUUUAUGAGAAUGGAGAUGUAUGCAUUUCGAUUCUUCAUCCGCCUGUAGAUGACCCACAGAGUGGAGAACUGCCUUCUGAAAGGUGGAAUCCUACUCAGAAUGUGAGGACUAUCCUAUUAAGUGUAAUCUCACUGCUUAAUGAGCCCAACACCUUCUCCCCAGCCAAUGUCGAUGCUUCAGUUAUGUUCAGGAAAUGGAGAGACAGUAAAGGAAAAGACAAAGAAUAUGCUGAAAUUAUUAGGAAACAAGUUUCAGCCACUAAGGCCGAAGCAGAAAAGGAUGGAGUGAAGGUCCCCACAACUCUGGCGGAAUACUGCAUCAAAACUAAAGUGCCUUCCAAUGACAACAGCUCAGAUUUGCUUUAUGACGACUUGUAUGACGACGACAUUGAUGAUGAAGAUGAGGAGGAGGAAGAUGCCGACUGUUAUGAUGAUGAUGAUUCUGGGAAUGAGGAGUCGUGACGGGCUCCUUCAGUGCCCCUGUACUGCCCUGCCGUCUCAGGCCAAAGGGAGGGGAGCAAGUGGGGACCUGGCCAUGGCCCCUCAGCAAAACCUAUUCACAGCGGGUGGGGAAACACACACAGCUCCUGCUGACUCCCCUUACGGAUCUCAGUUUGCUCCUUUUUAUGGACCUUUAAUGGAGAGAGAGUAACCCUCCACAGAAUGUCUGAAUUCUUGCAUUCUUUACCCUUCCAUCACUGUAUUGAUUCUUUUUUUAAAAAAACAUCAACCCAAACUCCCGCCUCACUUCGUCUCUACAGAAUGUUCACAGCAAAACACGUUUGGUCUGUUUUUAGAUUCUUGAAGAAUUCAAUAGUCUUUCAAGAGGUUGAAUGUGUUUAAAGCUGGGAACCUGUUGGGAGCUCACAAGCGCUGCAUAUACUGGGUAGCAAAAGAAAAUGGAAUUAAACCCACAAAACAAACUUGGAAAAAAAAAAAAGCAAAUUUGCCAAGGUUUAGCUGCUCCUUUACAUUAGUGUGUGUGCAUUCGUUCAGCCCCAUGGUGGUGAAUUCUGUUUCUUUCCCUUCCUAAGGCUGGGACAUGGUGGGCGUCAGGGACUUUCUGCUAAGCCUGAUGAAAUGUGCUCCUUCAAUCUCCAUGAAACCAUCGUAACAUGGAGGCCUCAGCUGCUCUGAGGAGAGAAAUCAGACUUUGUUUUUUGAAAUCAAUUGGGAUCGAAAGCCUGAAAUAAAUAUUCAUACUUUACAUAGAA